UUACAAAAGUGUGGAGUGCAGGAAGUGAAUGGUGUAGCCGUGUCGGUGUGGAGGUAGAAGUGGUGGUGGUGGUGGUGGUCGUGGUCGUGGUCGCUUUGGGUUUAUAGGGAACCUCGUGGUCGUGAACCCUCCAGUUCUUUGUAGGACAAUUGAAUGCAGUGCUUUGUUUUUAACAGUGGUUAAUGUUUUACGUUUGUUUGUUUGUUUUCUCGCGCGCUUUGUUGUUAUUGACUGAUUUUCAUGCUUUUGAAAAUCACAUCGCACCAGAAACAAUUACAUCAGGUUAGGUUAGGUUAGUUUUGGUGUUAAGUUAUCUCAGAAUAAGUUUGUUCUGGUUUAGUUGGUUAGGCAUACAAAUUUCGCAUUCGAUAUAUAGUCUAAGGAGACAAACAUCCAUAUUUGACGAGGAAGGACCUUAAGUGUAUUGUGGGGAUCUGUGUUCUCCAUAGUAGUGGUUGUCAUUGUUUUCCAGACACUAGUGUGUGGUCCCUUGCUGUCUCUGCCGCUCCCCUCAGGGACCACAGGCCGACACUUGCUACUAACAAUGUUUGGUCCCUUUCACAAUUUUUUUAUUCUGAAAUACAUUGCAUAAGGCAUCUUGCUUGUGUGUUAUUUACCAACCAAUAUUUAAUGAUACCUUAAUACUCAUAGCUUUUACCUUGCCAAACAAAGAGGAAUUUUGUGAACCCUAUACACCCAUUUUCAGUGAUGGCUCCCACUGUCCCCUGAAAGAUAGAACCUCAUCUGCAGUAUAUUUCCCCACCCUAAACAUUUGCAGGACCUGGCUUUUUUCUCCAUACCAUUGUUCCCUGGCAGCCAAACUCCAUGUAAUAUUGAAUGCACUGAGACAUGUAACACUCUUAGCACUCACUAAGAUGAUCCAGUGACUCAGUCAGGACUGGCACUCAUCAGCAACAGGCUACCACAAACCUACACAAUGCUAGUGCAUGAUAUCCAAGCACUUCUUUUACUAUCUGCAGACAAAAAGGUGGAUUCCUUCUCAUGUAGGCAUCAGAGGCAAUGAAAUUGUUGAUCAGGCAAUUAGGGACAUCAUUCUUGAUACAGAAAACCCUCUAUAACUGGAACUCUGUGAGACAUGAUGACUUGUCAAAAAAAUCCAUACACAAAGGUGGGAUAGAGACCUCACAACUUACUACUAGCUACUGCAUUAGGUACAAUCAAAUCUGACACAUCUCCAUCACCUUGGGCAUGCUCCAACCAACGUCGUCCUGAUGUGGCUUUACUCAGGCUAAGAAUAGGACACUGUGGGCUACAGGCCCAUAUACACUGUCUGCAUCUUGGCGACAGCUCGCACGAUGGUUUGCAGCGGGGCUCAUGUGAUUCCAUCCAAGCAGCCCUAAUCAACAACAACAACAACAACAACCCAGACCUAACUUGGUGAGCACAGAUGGGAAGCGGAGUCUUGGACCACAAUAGAAAUAUAGUGGAAGCAUCACACAAGUAAUGAGGCGAUGGAGAUGCCUUAUUAAGUAUUAUGGAGUUGAGAGCAUAGCUGUUUCCAGUCAUUGCUGUCAUCACAAAACUUGGAACUGCUGAGACCAUAAUGGAAAAGACUCCUGGUUCAUUGUCAGUGACAAGGUGUAUUUCUGAGAGACAGGGAAAUUUGAAAGUAUUUGGUGAGACAAGUUGCAGUAAAAAUAUUGUGCUGAAAGAAAAGAAUAGUUGCCAUGCUGAAAGUAAGGUGAUGGUGGAGUGUGUGAGCAGCACAACAGAGCAGAGUCCACUCACAGCCCACAAAAAGCUGUCUCUUCCUUCCAAGUGUGCAUCACUAAACAUGGCACCAAUGUCACAAGUGCAGAGAAAUGAGGAAAAAUAUAUGCAUUCAAAAACAUAUGAAAGCAGAGAAGCAUCCAAGUUCAAACCAGUUGAUUUAUGUCGCUCAUCACUAUCGAGAGAAAGGGACAAGGACAGGAAGAGGGAGAAACAACACCAAGAGACAUUUUCAGCAUCAAAAAGUGACAUGAUAUCCCAUGCUCAAAGCUCCGUGAAGAAACGGAUCCCAAAGAGAAACACACUAGUUGAUCCAGAAAUAUCCUCUUCCUCAUUGGUCUUACAAUCACGAAGAAGUUCUUUUUCCUCUACAACUGAGAAAUGGCCUGGGUCUCCCACGUAUGCUAGGUGUAGUAGUAGUAGUAGUUAUUCUGAACAUGAUCCUAAGUCUCGUAGUAAACAUGAAAAAUAUGCCAAAUCUUCUGGAAACCCAAGCAUCUCAAGAAAUCAUGCAUUCCGAGAGAACAGUUGCCAGGAUUCAAGAAGGCAGAAGCAUUACUGGCAAGAUGGAAAAAUGGGUAGUAGAGGAAAGAGCCACAAUGGAGGUCGCAGUUCAUUUCAGUCCAGUAGGAACAGAGAACGAAACAUAUAUAAGAAAAUGUCAAAGAACAAAAUCAGAAAAAUCAGAAAUAAUAUAGAGAUGAUAAGCAGUAAAGAAAUGGUAGAGAAAACAGUUAAAGAAAUAAAAAGCAAUUUAGAGAAAAUGAGUAGUGAUCUCCCACAGUCAUCAGUAGAUUCUCUGGAAACAGUUAAAGAGUCAACAUCACAAGAGAGAAAAGGAUGCCGUGAGGAAUCCAUGGAUGACAACCAACUUGUUCCUUUCCUCCCGUCAUCCCGAUGUUGUUCACCACCUCCGCGUCCAGCCACUGUGGAGAAGUACUGGUCAGAUGCAGAUGAAACAGAAACUGAAAGUGAUUCAGAAAAGCACUUAUUGCAUGUUCAUUCUGUCAACAUUGUGCUAAAUUAUUUGAAAGAUAAUUCUCAGAAAUAUUAUGUUGAUGGAAAGAAAAUAAGCAAACAAAGAAAUAUUAAACAUAAAAAAUCGAAAGGGCACGUCAAUAAAAUUUUUUCUUGUGACUCUUACUCAGAAUCAGACAGUGCUUGGUCAAAGUCAAGGUAUUCCAGGGGCCACUUUGAGGCCUUCACUGUGAGAGAGAAUCAGUCACAACCACCUAUAGAAUCCAAUGGCCUUGGUCUCUCAAUAUCAAAGUUGCAUGCCAAAAGUAGAGAUUCAUAUUCCAGGCCUCCCUCGGAGGACACUGACUUCUUUGACAGAAAGUCAUUACAUUCUCCCAGUCGUGACAGUCAUCACUGCACAAGUGUAAACUCUCCCGCAAUCUUGCAAGAAAGUUCCUCGACAAAUAGAGAUUCACAUUCUCCAACUAAGUAUGAAGAUCACAGGUAUAGACAAUCACCUUCCCACAAAAACAGGAGAGGUUUCCAGUGGGAUAGAGGAUCAAGUUCAGCCUCAAGACACUGGAGAGAUAGAGCAUCAAGUUCACCUUCGAGACACAGGCGAUCACGUUCACCCUCAGGACACAGGCGAUCACGUUCACCCUCAGGACACAGGCGAUCACGUUCACCCUCAGGACACAGGCGAUCACGUUCACCCUCAGGACACAGGCGAUCACGUUCACCCUCAGGACACAGGCGAUCACGUUCACCCUUGAGACACAAGCGAUCACAUUCACCCUUGAGACACAUGCGAUCACUUUCACCCUCGAGACACAGGCAAUCACGUUCACCCUCAGGACACAGGCGAUUGCGUUCACCCUCGAAACUCAGGCGAUCACGUUCGCCUUCGGGACACAAGCGAUCACAUUCACCCUCGAGACACAGGCGAUCACGUUCACCCUCAAGACACAGGCGAUCAUGUUCACCUUCGAGACAUGAAACAAGUUCCUACAGAAAGUCGUAUUUUCCAUUGAGUUACAGUGGAGGCCUCCAUGAAAAUAGAGAGUCUCCAUCCUAUACAUGGUACUCCAGGUCAUCAUUGCAUCCUUUCACUGAGGAUUCUUUAAGUAACAGGGGAUCACCAUCCUGGACAUGGGAUGCAGAAGACUCACUGGCAAACAAAAGGUUGACAUCCAUGCUUCAUGAACCACAUUCCAUCUCAAAACAAGAACUUUCUCCUGAAAGCUUGCAUAGAUAUGGCAUUAAACGUAGCCAUUACUCUGAAGAUUUGUGUAAUGAAUUCAUGAACACUCAAAAGAAGUCCAAGACAGGCUCUGAGAAUUAUGCACCUGGCAAAGGCAAAGGAGCCAAGAAAACUUUGAGAAUAGAUAAAACUGAUUUUGUUGAAAAUUCUCUUUCAGUUGAUACAAGAAAAAGCAAGAGGAGAGAAGACAGAACAGCACUAGAAAUUAAUACUUUUCAAACUGAUGAUGGUAGCAAUGAUGACCUCAUUGUGUCAAACAUUAGGACUAUAAUAAAUCAGGAAUCAAGCUGUGAAAGAUCAACACUAAACAAUAUGAAGAAAAAUAUUUCACAAAGAUACCAGCAAGUGAAGAAAGAAAAUGAAAUGAAACUCCCACUGACAUUUGGCAGAGGGGCCAAGAAAAUAUUGAGAAUAGAUAAAACCUUUGAUUGUGUUGAAAAUUCGUUUUCAGUUGACACAAGAGAAAACAAGAUUAGAGAAGACAGAACAGCAUCAGAAGUUAAUGCUUUUCAAACUGAUGAUGGUGGUUAUGAUGAUGAUGAUGAUGAUGAGCCAAUUAUUGAUCGGCCAGAGGAUUACCUCAAUACGUCAAGCACUAUGACCACAUAUCGACCAUCCUUUGUGCCAGACACACAUGACAGAGAGAAGCUUGCUGGCUUAGCUGAAACUAAUAGAUUGUUUGAGUCUCAUGAGGACGUUAGUGUGGCUGGACCUUCUGUUAUCACAAGUUUGCCUACUCCUGAUGGAAAAGAACAGGAUGAUUCAUCACACAGGUUGAGUGACUUAGAAUGUGAUCGAAUGAUAGAGAAUGUAGACAGUGCUGUAUCUCAGGUCAGCUCAUCAAGUGCAUCCCUGGAGCCUGGUCUCUCUGGAAUGACCACAUCAGCAAAGUCUGAUGUAUUUAACUUAUCAUUAACUUUUAAAGAAGUAACUACAAAGUCUGCCAAAAGUGAAGAAAAGAAAGCAGUUUUGACUCUCAAUUCUGAAGAAAUGAGUACUCUUUUGAGUUUGAUAGAAUUAGCAAAGAAUCAUGUGGCAACUGGAAAAGACCUAUCUUCAAACUUCCCCCAGGUGUUGCAAACUUGUCAGGAUGCCAGUAAUAGUAAUGCAACUGAACCACAAGGGAUGCACAGUGGAAAGAACCAACAGCAGCCUAGCAUUUCUCAGGGCAGUACUGACAUGCAAGACAUAGCUGAGAAUGAAAAUGCUAGAGCUACUUCUUUGGAGAGUAUUGACAUGGAUGACAUAUCUAACAGUGAAAAGAAUGCCACAGCCACUACUGAGAGUGGUGGCAUAAUUGACAUACCUGAGAGUGAAAGGAAUGUCAGAGCCACUACUGGGUGUGCUAGUACCAUGCAUGACAUACCUGAGAGUGAAAGAUAUGUCAGAGCCAUUAGUGAGGCUGCCAUGGAUGACGUAACUGAGAGUGAAAGGAAUGUCAGAGCCAUUACUGAGAAUGCUGCCAUGGAUGACAUAACUGAGAGUGAAAGGAAUGUCAGAGCCACUGUUUCUAUUAAUGAGCGGAUGAAGAACAAAACCAAAACUGUAAAUUAUACCAAAGAUGUAAUUUCUAAAAAUGAAUGUAAACAAGGGGCUAUAAAGAACAUUAAGCCUAUUUCUUGCAAGAGUAACAUCAAGAACAACAAGGUCAUUAAUGAUGGACAAAGUGCAAAGCAUGUUGCAUCUAGAAUUAACAAGAAGAUUGGCAGAAUUCCUAAAGAUAAAACAGAUGAGACCAUCCUAAAAAAGAAAAAGUCAAAUGAUCACCUUUCACAGUCUAAAGCUGAUGAUAAGCAUCCACAGAGUAGGAACAGAGGUCAAGGAAGCAAGACAGAUGGCAAGCAACUGAAAAUUAUGAAAAAUCCUGAGCAGUCUUCAAGAGAGAAUCUUGAUGAAACAACACAAGAACUUGUCAAAGGAAAAGCACAGUCACCAAAGAAGAAGCUGCAUGAUGUGAAAGAUGUAUCCAGUAGUAAAAAGAAAAACAUUCAACAUGAUGAGAAUAGCCAAUUUUCAAAGAAUGGCACUAAAAGUUCAGUCUUUGAAAGAACCUUCAAACUAAUGCAGUCUGUCAAAGUGGAUGUCUCUCUUUCCCAGGAAACUAUUGCUUUAUGUAAGAGAGUGAAGCAUCACCAAGGGAUUACAGAACACAAAAACCAAAAGAAAUGGCUGAAGAAGGUUGGUAAAAGAAUCUUUAUGAAUGAUUUAUCUGAUUCUGAAGAUGAUUCUUCAUCUACCAAACUAGAGAAAGAUGAGUCCCCUGAGGCUGGUAAGCAGCCACGAGAGAUGCAUCCACUCUACCAAAAGACCUCUGUCCCAGACCAUUCUGUAAGUGUAUGUCUUUUUUGUAAAUGUAAUCUUAAAUUUGAUGAACUCAGUACUGUUUCUCUGAACACUGGUACUGUCACUUUGAAGUGCAGAAACUGUCACACCUAUAGAAAAAUGGAGAAAGUGCUGUCACUGCAAUGCUAUGCUGGAUCACCUAGUUUCCAAAAUAUUGCCUCAACAGCGAGUGAAGCAACAGGGACUUCAGAAGGCAACAAUAACUGUGAAGUCAAUAAAAAAAGAAAUUUGACAGCAUCUUCAAAACAGAGGAAAAAUGAAAACAUAAGGAAGAAAGAUGGAUCCUUAAAAAGAACCCACUCCACUAAGCAAGCAAGUAAGGAAAAGGGAUAUUCUCAACAAAAGUAAAUGUAAAUAGUGUAAAAGAGAAAAAAAAAAACUCCAGCUUGUCAAAAAGUUAUAGAAGAGAUCAACCUGGAUGAUGACGAAAAUGCUUCAAAAACUGUAUCAGUUUGCAGGGAAAAUAAAUGCCAAAGUGACAGAAGGGAGACUGAAAAAAGCAUAUCUUCAAACAGACACAAACUCAACGAUGAUUAAAGAGAAAGAAUUAGCCAAGUCUACCUCCAAAUAUCCCCAACUUUGUUCAUCCUGUUUUUCAUCUCGCAUGAUGAUAAGGGAUUUUUUGAAUGCCUAAAAUUGAAAGAUCACUUUCCUGAUGAAGACAGAUGCAACAAGAAACAGCAAACAUCUGCAAAGCAAAAAAAUGAUGAUCAGGCAACUGCACAUUCUGACAAAUCCACCGAAAUUGUGAAAUCCACUGCAACUACCAGGAUGGACAAAGGUCCUGAGGUCAGUGAUGCUGUGAAAAUCAGCAUCAGUGCUAAAUCUGCUUUGAAUACUGAUUCCAAGAUGGAAGGCAGAAAGUCAGCCACACCUGGGUCCUUGACAACCAUUACAACACCCACCCAGUCGUCUCCCUCCAGUGCAACCUUUGAAGCAACUGUGCCUCAAGAAUCUAAUGCAACUUCUGAAUUCAUAACCAUUAAACCCCAUCUUGAAACUAGAAAGAGCCCUGAAACUAAAACCAACCCUAAAACUAAAUGUGUCUUAGAAGAAAUUAAGCAGCCAUAGAGACUAGAGAGGGCUCACUGACCACAAAUCAGCAAUAAUACAGGCAUGAGUGGUAGCUCACCAAGCUUUACCAGUUUCCUUAUGCAGGUUUUAACCAGCAGCAUCCUUUUCUUGAAUGUUUCAUGAAGAAAGUGGUGAUCAUUUUCAUAUUUUUUUUAUUACCAACUUCUAAAUUUCUAUAGGUAUGAAACAAGACGAAGAUGAAGAUUUCACCGUCACAUAGAAGCAGAGAAAUUCACAGAAGAUGGAUUUCUAGUCAUAAGUAGUGCUUCUCAACACAACUGUCCCUUGUCUCUGGUGGUCGGGUGUUUGCCAUCUUGUAAGUAGUCAGGGCCUUGUAACUUGUACUACUCUCUCUCUAUUCUCUUAAAAUAGAUAUUUUAUGGAACAAAACUAUUCUCGAAUAAUUAACUUUUUAAAAUCAGUAGAGUACAUAAUUAUAAGUCUAGAAUAAGCUGCUGUUCUAAAUUCACAUUGAUUUUUUCCCUAAUUGUAUUGAAUUAUGUUUUUUCUUAACAUUCAGUCAACAAAAUGAAGUUCUCAGAUAAACAGAGCAUAUGAAGAGGGAUAGUUAUCAUUUGUAUGGAAAUUAUCAUGAAUGUGUGCCAAAGCAUUGACUUCCUGUGCAUUACAUGAAUAAAAUAAUACCAUCAGUAUAGUGGAAAACUGGUGUCACAUUUGUAAUCUGUUUCCUUUAAUAGAUAUUUAAAUGAAAAUAGUUUAAUGUAUAUUGAUUGUACAGAAGUGUAGGUGUGGCAUUGUAUUGCAGUCUUAUUUUUCCUAGUAUGGAAGCAUGCAAGGUGAAUUUAUCUGUAGAGCACCUCAUGAUGAAAAAUGUGUUAUUCAUCAUAAGGUGAUCUAAAGAUUAAUUAUGGAGUGAAUGUGUGGUAAAAUAAUUUACCAGCAAUGAUCAAAUGAAAUGAAUUAAUUUUUGUACAGUAUUAUUAUAGAGGAUUGGAUGAAUUUAUAUUUUUCUAUUCUCAUAAAGAUAAUGAAAUAUGAAUUUCAAGUUAUUUAUUUUGUAAAAGUGAAUGUAUGUCAUAAUAAAGAACUAAGCUGUC